AUGAGCUCGAGUUCAUCUUUCAAGGACAGGCAAUUGCUGGCAGUCAUUGGUGAUGAGGAUUCCAUCACCGGUUUAUUAUUAGCUGGUAUCGGGCACGUCAAUGAACAGCAGAAAAAGAACUUUCUAGUGGUGGACUCGAAAACACAAGUUUCGCAGUUAGAGGCUGCAUUUCAGGAGUUUACGGAGCGGAAGGAUAUUGCGAUUUUGCUAAUCAACCAACACAUUGCAGAGAAGAUACGACCUACAGUUGACAAGUACCAGCAAGCUUUCCCCGCACUACUCGAAAUACCAUCGAAAGAUCAUCCAUACGACCCAUCAAAGGACUCAGUACUCAAGCGUGUCCAGAAGCUUUUCGGAGACCAGUGA